AUGUUGGAAUAUUGCAGCCGUUUCAUUUUAGUGGAGGUUCUGUGUUAUUUGGCACCGCUCUGUACAAAGAAUAUCAGCUUGUUUUGGCAAGGUUCUGUGUUAUUUGGCACCGCUCUGUACAAAGAAUAUCAGCUUGUUUUGGCAAGACUCCAUGGUUUACAUAGGACAGAUGCUGAUUGGGUGAUUUCUUCGACGAAUGCUUUUGCUAAGCAAUAUGAACUUUAUACAUCUGACGAUGAGCAUGCUGUGCUUCUGCACCGACUUCAACAAAUUCCACAGCUUCAUUACCCAAUAGAGGCUAUCCAGAGUAUUCCUUUUUCUGACUCCAAAUUUCAGAUUCUUGAAGCACAGAAAGCUGAGUUGAGGUGUCUUUUACCAAGAACAUGCAGACGCAGCACACCACAAACCAAAAGCAACAAUAAGUGCACAGACCGUCGAGUAUUUCCUGAGGAUUUCUUGACUGCCUUGAGGACAAUAGGCAUGCAGGAAGAUGAGCUUUGUCAGGUUUCAUCAUUACUCAAAGAGAAUGCCAGUAGACGUGUUGAGAAAAGAAGUGAUGCCAAUGAUCCAACAAGUGCUAUGAUGCCAAGGACAUCGUGGGAAUGGGGUUACAGGUUUCAAAACUUGCAAGCACAGGUACGGCCAAGCAAGAUGACUACAAACAAGAAAAAGAGCCAUAAGCUGACUACGAAAAAGAAGAACAAGAUCAAGAAAGUGAACACUAUGAAGAAGAAGAAAAAGAGUAAGAAGACUACUAAUAAGAAGAAGAUUGCUAAAAAGAACAAGAAGAAGAUGAACAACAACACUGCGAAGAAGAAGAAGAAAAGCUGA